AUGUACAAACACCUUUCAGCACCAACCCUACCAGAGGCAUCGCAGACUGUCACCAAGGCGGAAGAGAUUGGAGACUAUGAAUUGGGCGAAACUUUAGGUCGUACGUUUGGCAACCCACAAGAAAACAGAUGUCAAGGCAGCCGUUAAAAUCAUCCCAAAGAACCCUUCAGAAGGCGUCACAAAGCCUAUGCAGAAAGAGCUGACUAUUCACCGCAGUAUGAAGCAUCCUAAUAUCUCGCGAUUUCUCGAGUCUAGAGAAGAACCAGAGUGUAUCUAUAUCUUUGUCGAAUAUGCUGCUGCCGGAGAGUUGUUUGACAAAAUUGAGCCUGAUCGUGGAAUACAGGAAGAUGUGGCGCACCUCUAUUUCAUGCAAUUAAUCGCAGGAGUGAAAUAUUUACAUAGUAGAGGCAUUUCGCAUCGCGAUUUGAAGCCAGAAAAUAUCCUUUUAGACUCCAAGGGAACACUCAAGAUUUCAGAUUUUGGGUUGGCAACUGUGUUCAAGCAUGGAGGACGGACAAGGCCUUUGACAACGCCAUGCGGAAGUGCACCAUAUGUUGCGCCAGAGGUCCUUGAAGAGGAGUAUUGUGGCGAUGCUGUAGACAUUUGGUCUUGUGGGAUUAUUCUUUAUGUUAUGAUGAUUGGAAACACACCUUGGGAACUUCCAUCUGCUGAGAGUGACGAGUUUCGGCAAUAUCAGGAGAGUAAUGGAAAUCCAAACCAUGAACCAUGGGACAAACUUCAAGGACAUGUGAGAACUCUUAUUCUUGGUAUGCUCCGAAUAAAUCCUUCGAAGCGAUAUACAAUUAGGCAUAUUCUGAAAGACGAGUGGUAUAUGAGAUCAAAUCCCUUGAUGAAAGACGGUCUUGUACAUGAUCCUGUUCAACUUGCAUCGAUCCUUAUGGAUAGUCUGAGUGACUCUUGUUCACCAGUCGUGGCUUACUCCCAGCCUUUAAACACAGGACGAUUCGAUCAAAGCCAAAGCAUUGUGUUUGACGCUCGUAAUUAUGCCUCAUCACAACCGGCUCGCAAUAACGAAAGGGCAUCGGAUAGCUCUUUGGGAACUAGAAUUGCAAUAUCGUGGCAAGACGAGGCUCUCGAACUAUCGCAGCCAUUUACAGAGGCGACUUUUAUGGAAGUAUUCUCAUCAGAACGAUUGACAAGGUUUUUCUCACACUCAGGCCCUGAGAGUAUCAUAGAUGCACUCGCGGACGCAAUGGUCUGCAACUUAGUUGCUCAUACGGUGCAUGCUAAUCUUCAAAAGAUAACCAUAUCAACAACUGAUCAAAGAAGAUGCUUUCUGACUGGAGAGGUCAAGGUUGUUCCAUAUGGAACUGAGAGUCAUCUCGUGAUGUUUGACAAAAGCAGAGGCGAUCCGUUGGAAUGGAAGCGAAUGUUCAAAGCACUAGUAGCGACCUUGCAAGAUGCCGAGAAUCCAAUUCAUCUACAGAUGAACCCAUAGAGCACGACUUUCUUGCUCUUGCAUCUUUCUCGUUUUUCAAUAUUCGAUAGUUAUAGUAUAAUGUCCCUCUUCAUAAUGAAUGAAAAAGUUUGUUUUAUUUUUAUAGCUUACUAUACAAAACGUACUUUUUUAGGAUGCGAGCUGUCGCUUGCUUUGCCAUGACUGACAUUACUGCCGUUGGUGUACUUCAUAUCUACGAUGCCUCUAUGAAUUAGAUCCAAAGGCUCGUUGGCUUCACGUUUGGUACCAUUUAUGCACCUUGGUUCUGAAUAAACAGUGGUGGCCGUCAAGCCUUCUUCCUUCUCCUUUUUCAAAUCAGUGCCAGCAACAUCCCAGAGCUUGCUGCUGCUUCCUUUGUUAGAGCCCUUAUUGAUGUUACUACUGCUGACGUAAUUGUUGGUGAGACCACUAACACCGCUGGCCUCGCUCUUCAAACGAGCCUUAACCUUGCUGUGGAAAAGACUGUUGUCAUCAAUAAUAAUGACAUCUGAUUCCAUUUU